UUUUGAUCAUAGAUUCCUAUGGCUCUCCAAAUCAACAACAGAGCCUCUUCUUCUUUCACUCCCCAAUUUAUCUAUGAUGUUUUCUUAUGUUUCAGAGGUGAAGAUACCCGCUAUAAUUUUACAAGUCAUUUAUAUCAAGCUUUAUGUGAUAAGGGUUUUAACACCUUUAUCGAUAAUGGCCUUCAGAGAGGAGAAGAGAUUUCAACAAAACUUCUUAAGGCUAUUGAAUUGUCAAUGAUUUUGAUUGUUGUGUUCUCUGAAAAUUAUGCAUCUUCUAGUUGGUGCUUAGAUGAGCUAGUAAAGAUUCUUGAGUGUAGAAAUAAUAGACAAUUAGUUCUACCUAUAUUUUACAAAGUAGAUCCAUCAGAAAUACGUAAACAAAAGGGAAAGUUUGGAGUAGCGUUAACUCAACAUGAAGAAAAUUUAAAGGAUAGCUUGGAGAAGGUUCAAAGGUGGAGGACAGCUUUGACUAAAGUGACUGAAUUGUCUGGGUUGUAUUACAAGGAGGGCUAUAUUGAAUCUGAAACUCAAUUUAUCCAGAGAAUUAUUAAAGAGAUAUUAGGUACUAAAUUGAAUCGCACUCAGUUAUUUGUUACUAAACAUCCAGUUGGAAUAGAUUCUCGUGUGGAUGCUAUAGAAUUGCUUUUAGAUAUGAAGUCAAAUGAUGUUCGCAUGGUAGGGAUUCAUGGUCUUGGAGGAGUAGGUAAGACUACAAUUGCAAAGGCUAUUUAUAAUAGAAUCGCUAAUUGUUUUGAAUUGAGUUGCUUUCUAGAGGACGUCAAAGAAAAGUCGGGAACAAAUGAUGACAUAAUCAAACUACAAGAGAUGCUUCUUUCUAAGAUCUCAUGGGGCGCAUAUGUAAAGGUAGACAGCGUAUCCAAAGGAAUUAUUAUGAUAAAGGAAAGACUUUGUCGUACAAGACUUCUUUUAAUUCUUGACAAUGUGGAUGAGUUAGAAGUGAUGGUAAAUUUGCUUGGAGAAUGUAAUUGGUUUGCUUUAGGAAGUAGAGUCAUUAUAACAACAAGAGACAAACAGGUGCUAAACACUCUUGGAAAAGAUCAUCAAAUUUAUGAGCUUAAGGAAUUAAAUCAAUUUGAAUCUCAUGAACUCUUCAAUCUACAUGCCUUCCAAAAAAUUGAACCUAAGAAAGAUUAUUCAGAAGUUGCAGAGCAAAUCAUACAUUAUGCCAAUGGCCUCCCAUUAGCUCUUAAAAUAAUAGGUUCUGAUUUGUGUGGAAAAAGUAUAUGUGAAUGGAAAAGUGCAUUAGAAAAGUAUAAAAACAUCCCUCACGAAAAAAUUCAAGAAAAGCUCAAAAUAAGUUAUGAUGGACUUGGAAAGAUCGAAAAGGAUAUUUUUUUGGAUAUUGCAUGUUUCUUUAAGGGAUUCGAUAGGAGUUACGUAGCGAAUAUAUUAGACGCUUGUAAAUUAUAUCCAGGUUAUGGAAUUGGAAAACUUAUCGAUAAGUGUCUCAUAACUGUUGGUCAAUCUGGCAAUUUGUGGAUGCAUGACUUGCUUCAACAAAUGGGGAGAGAAAUUGUUCAACAAGAAUCAGAAGAGCUUGGAAAACGUAGUAGGAUAUGGUGUUUUGAGGAUGCUUAUGAAAUACUUACUACAAAUAUGGGAUCAAGUAAAAUUCGAGGCAUUAUGUGCUGCUCACCUCAACUGAUAACGAUACCAAUAGAAGCUAAAGCUUUUGAAAAGAUGAAAUAUCUCAAAUUUCUUAUGGUUCGUAAUGUACGCAUUUGUGAAGAACUCAAAUAUCUUCCUAACGGGUUAAUUUUGCUUCAAUGGCCUGAAUUUCCAUUUUCCUUGCCAUCCAAAUAUUAUCCUCAACAACUUGUUGCACUUGAGAUGCCACGUAGUCUUAUUAGAUUGGAGACAACAUUCAAAUUGGGAAUCCAGCUAAAAUAUUUAACAUAUAUCAAUUUGAAGAGGUGUGAGUCCAUUACAGAAUUACCUGAGUUGUGUGCCCCAAGCUUAGAAAAAUUGGAUCUUUCCUACUGUCAAAAUUUAGUUAAGGUUCAUGACACUGUUGGAAUUCUUGAUAAGCUUCGGAUAUGGAAACUCCAAGGUUGUGGUAAACUUCAAAUUCUUCCAAACAACCUCAGGUUAAAAUCUCUUGAGGAGUUUCUUCUUAUGGACUGCUUGAGGCUUGAGAAGUUUCCUAAUAUUCAUCCAAAAAUGAAAUGUUUAAGGGAUUUAAAUUUACGUGGGAGUGGUAUUCGAGAGUUGCCUUCAUCAAUCAAGUGUCUCACUACGCUUCGUUUCUUAGACGUAAAGGAUUGUGAAAACCUUAGGUAUCUUCCUGAUGACAUCUAUAAAUUGCAACUUCUUAUUGGACUAUCUAUUCCCACCGCCAAGUUGAGACAGACAUGCGAUUAUUUGGAUAGCUUUUCUAGUUAUGGGUUUUUGGUGUUGGAUACCGUGAGUUUCAGGGGCAAUAAAAGUAUAAUUGAAUUAGAUUUUUUGAUGAAACCCGAGUACUUCCCCGUAUUGAAAAGUCUAGAUCUAUAUGCAACUAAUAUCGUUAGCAUCCCCGAAAGCCUUAGCAGAUUUACUACAUUACAGUCACUUGAUAUGGCAAAAUGCAAGCAGCUUCAGGAAAUUCCAAGGCUUCCACAAUCUGUACAAGUUGUGGUUGCACGCAAUUGCUAUUGGAGAAUUUUUAGGGAUUUUUCCAAAUAA